AUGGCUGAGCAACAGGGCCCACCUACCUUCAAGCUCGUCCUGGUCGGUGACGGUGGUACUGGCAAGACCACCUUCGUCAAGCGCCACCUGACUGGCGAGUUCGAGAAGAAGUACAUUGCCACCCUCGGUGUUGAGGUGCACCCUCUUGCUUUCACCACCAACCUGGGCAACAUCCAGUUCGACGUCUGGGACACCGCUGGCCAGGAGAAGUUCGGUGGUCUCCGCGAUGGAUACUACAUCAACGGCCAGGCCGGUAUCAUUAUGUUCGAUGUCACCUCCCGCAUCACUUACAAGAACGUCCCCAACUGGCACCGUGAUCUCGUCCGUGUCUGCGAGAGCAUCCCCAUCGUGCUGUGCGGUAACAAGGUCGACGUGAAGGAGCGCAAGGUCAAGGCCAAGACCAUCACCUUCCACCGCAAGAAGAACCUCCAGUACUACGACAUCUCGGCCAAGUCCAACUACAACUUCGAGAAGCCCUUCCUGUGGCUCGCCCGCAAGCUGGUCGGCAACCCCCAGCUGGAGUUCGUCGCCGCCCCCGCUCUCGCUCCCCCGGAGGUGCAGGUCGACCACGAGCAGCUCGAGAAGUACCGCCAGGAAAUGGAGGUCGCACAACAGAUGCCCCUGCCCGACGAGGACGACGCCGACAUCUAA